ACCCUUCCCGCCGAAAGCAAACACAGUGUACCGAUAUGGAUCACGCUUUUUAUGUGGUGCAAUCUCAACCGGAUGAUCCGGCAAUAAGUCCGGAUUUCACCUAUAAGAUGUCUGAGGCAGAACUGGUCAAAUUUAUCAGAUUACGUUCUGCAAAUGAUGCUCUCUUUACUGGAAAGAGAAACACCUCUGUCGUCGCUUGGAGGGCCAUUUUAAAAGAGAUGGGAAUCCACAGGAAGAUGUCAACCAGUCAGGCAAGAAAGAAGUGGGAAAAUUUAAAAAAGAAAUACAAGGAAAUGAAGAACCCUCCACCUGGCAUCACGGUGAACCCUACCAACUGGCAGUGGUUCUCCCUCAUGGAGGAUGCCAUGGAGGGCAGGCUGAAUGAAUGUGAGGCUUUGGUAUCCACAGUGUCCCUAGGCGAGGACAGUGAGUAUCGCCCUGACAGGCCUAAAAGGCGAGGGCGUGAGACAUUUCAUAGCGACAUGGAUAUUCUUGUUGAUGAGGAUGACACGGGGCUCUCUGGGGAUAUCAGUCGAGACCUUGGCAGUGACCGAGAUGAAAUGGAUCAGGAAAGGGUGAUUAUAGAAAGUGACCGAGCUGCUUUGGACAGUGAAAGAAUGGUACUGGAACGCGAGAAGAUGGUGCUGGACAGGGAGCGUGCCGGUUUAGAGAGGGAACUGGCGGCACUGGAUCGAGACCGGGCAUCUCUGGAGAGGGAGAAGGCUGCUGUGGAGAGAGACAGGGCCUCUGUGGAGCAUGAGCGUGCACAGAUGGAGAAGAAGAGGGCUGAAAUGGACAGGGAGCGAGCCAGACUGGAGAGAGACAGAGCAGCCUUUGAAAGACAGAGGGAGGGUGCUCCUGCAGAAGUGAUCGAGAAUCCUGAAGGACCGGAGAAACCAGCAGAGGGGGAAAUUGAGCUAGCAUCCAUAGCAAAGAGACAAAAAUUCCUCGACUUGUUUGAGAAGCUGAUUGAGAACUUCUGAAAGGUGGCGGGUUGAUUUAGCUUUCUGUUAAUGAGUUUGUCAGUUAUUAUUUUAAUUUUUUUUUUUAAAGAUGGUUUGUGUAAGAUUCUGUUCAAUUUGCCAUGUUAGAAGUGAUCAUUUUUGUGGUAUCCUGCUGAUGUGAAUGGCUAUCAAUUUUGCUGUGUGUCAGCAAACAUUUUAAGUAAAUAUAAUAUGAAUGCUGUAUGUAGACCUGUUUCAGUUAUGACAUUUUAGCUAAUGGUUAAUUGAUAAACAACUCAUUUGAUGACUUUUUGCCACAUUAUUGUUCUACUACAACAUAGUAUAUAUGCCUGUCACGUUUAUGAAAUUGUAACUGAUGAUUAUCACACAAAUAAUGGUGAUUUAUGGCUUUACUGUUGGCUUUAUGCCAGUCCUGUACUAUUAACUUGACAUUAGUUUAUAUUAGUACUAAUGUUAAAUGUUAAUAUACCUUUGAGCAGUAUACACAUUAAGCAUUGGGGUUCUUAAUAGUAAUAAUAAUGACAAAUGUAUACAAUUUAAAACGAAAUCUAUACAAAACAAGGUUUAACAAAAAUGUUCUUUGUAGCAGCAACUAAACGUCUGUAAUUUUCACUUUCUUGAAUUAAACAGCUGCCCCGAACUAGCUUGGAAUAAAUGAAACUCUUAAAUUGGUCAGAUAAAGUAUAAAACCUGAUUUUGUGUUUAAUUUCUUUCUUGUGCUAUCAUUUAAAUCAUUUGCUUUAUCCUGGUCAGGACUGUGGCAGAUCCAGUUCGACAUUGCACAGGGUGCCAAUCAAUCAAAGGGCUUCAUCCAUUGACCCCUAGAUAUAACCAGUCAGAUGCCAGGCUGAAGCUGUCAAAUAGCAUCGCUAUCCUGAUCCUCAGCAGACCCCAUGCUACCCGAGUGUUUUUACAAUAAGGGAUUUGUGAGGUACAUGCUGAACAGCCUUAUUGUUUCAGGCUUAUCUCAGCUCAGUUUUAAACGUGGCAGCCAUUUAGUACACCACGUGGAUCUGGUGCCUAUAAGCGCUUGUGUACUCAUGUACAAGCAUAUUUUUAAUCUACUACUUUGUUUCCCAUAGUCUGGAUUAUUGAAAUUUGUGUUACUGAGAGAUAAACAGCACUGUGCAAACCAAGCACUAUUACAACACAACACUCCCCCAACUCUUUUCAUGGUAUCAGAUGCACAGUGGUGUUGCUCCCUUAUAAACUUGGAUGAAACAAGUUGUUUAUUUUUGGUCUUUCAGAAAACAAAACCACAAAUGUUUUUCUUUUUUGUGUUGAUAAAUUACUGAGAAUAAAGCCUCUAUUUGACUCCG